GACGACAACCUCAAAGAAGCAGCAGUUUUUAUAACAGUACUUCACAGAUGAAGACGAACAAGGCGAUUGCUAUAUCUAGCAACCCUGACUGCCUCCCAGUUCGGACUAAAAUCAACUUUGACUGUCUGAAAGGAGCCAAAUGGCACAAGAUCAAGGACUGGGUGGACAUCCGAAAAUUCAUUAAACGUCGUGUGAAAGAUCCACACACAUACAACAUUAAGAAUACUCUUCACUAUGCACCACAGCUGUAUAAGACUCUGAUCCACUGUUCCAUCCUGCGAUGUAUCACGUACAUCACGUCGAAGACCGGCUUGCUGUUCGUGACCCACACCACCAGCAGCAUCAACUACCACAUGAACAUAUUCGUCAUCGAAUCCCACGACGAACAGGCCAAAGACAAAACACUGAGAUAUAACAUUCCUUGGCAGUUAGACAAAUUUAUAUUUGUGCACCAGCCGCAGGUGUUUGUUUCAUUCAGUAACGAUGGACUACUGAGAGUGAUUUAUUUCUGUAGAGAUAAUGCAUAUCUCACUUCAACUAGCCGCAGCUUACGCUCAGUUCUGUGUUUCACAUUUAUCCCAGACACAAAUGAAAUAGUUACUGGUUGUAUAGGUUUUGUUGAAACCUGGUAUAUUAAGGGAAUAGAGCAUCAGGCCACCAUUCAUAAGGGGAGGUCAUUUAAUGCUUCUCUUACCCCUCAAGAUUGGGUGCAUGACUUGAAAGUGGACGUGAAGAAUCAACUGCUGCUCAUUCUCUCGGAAGGUGCCAUCUUUAUCAUCGACUACCAGGAAAAUAUACAAAAGCAAAAAAUAACCAAUCUGUAUAUGGAAACAGCCUCUUUCAGAUGUUGCUGUUUUUAUAAUCACGGGGAAUAUGUAAUAACAGGCAGUGGUGAUGGAUGCAUCAAGGUAUGGCUUAUUUCUCGUGCAAGUGUUAUUCAGGAGUUCAGAGGUCAUUCAGGCUGUGUAACAAGUCUCCAGUGUCACGAUGAUCAGCCUCUUCUGUUCUCUAGUUCGAGGGACGGGUCAGUUAUGAUCUGGCGAUUGGACAACUUUCAGAGGUUCAUGAAGCUGGAGGUCGGUGACCAGGUGGUGUGGAUGUCACUCAACCAUGACGAGAUUAUCUGUCAGACCAAUCGCGAAAUCAAAGUGUACAACUUGGCCCAUUUUUAUAGAAUUUUCGCAUACAUUCAAUCGAUGGUUACCAAGCUGGUUCGGUACCCGGGCAAAGAUGGAAAACCAAACCGAAUUCUGUGUGCAGCAGAGGAUGGUAGUUUUCAGUUGUUUUCUGUGUUAUCUGGUGAAACACUUGAGGCAUUCUUUCCUUUGCCAUUUGGUCAAAGUCUCACUGAAUUCUGCUACAACAUGCGAGAGGAGCUCAUGUAUACAGUUCUCCCUGAUGGAACAGUUUUGGUUAUACAGACAAUUAUUAACCCUUGCACUGUCAUCCAUGCAUUGCAACCAAAAGCCUUUACAGAAAGAGUGGUAAAGCUGUGUUGUUUUGAUGUGUCGUUGAAAUCUUAUAAAGAUACCCUCAUCCUGGCUGGUCUUAGCAACGGAAAGAUAGUUCUGCUUGAUGCCAGGACGUCACAGUUUGAUUCGAUAAAACGCCACGAGAAGGAGAUAACCUAUCUAAGCACUGUCGAUGAGAUGGACACGACUGCGUUAGACCUGCCAUCCAAUCAGAUCUACCUGGCAUCUGGGUCCAAAGAUAUGCGAAUUAAAUUAUGGAGUGUCGUGGUGAAAGAAAAAGAGGAAGAAGAGGUCGAGGAAGUGAAAAAGAGAAAGCUGGAGAACAAGAAAGUGAAAGUUGAAAUCAAACUUGUUGUGUCUCUUGCUCUUUUGACCACAUUUGAGUGUGCUGAUGUUCCCAGCUGUAUCUGCUUCUCAAGCAACAUCAUGGCUGUCUCGUACGCCAUGUCUGUAUUUCUAAACCUGUUCAGAAUGAGUCCUAGCAAAACGGAUCAGCAAAAUUGCAUCAGCUAUGAACUUUUGAGCCAUUCUACAGAUUCAGAUCAUAUGGACGAGAUCAUAGAUAUUUGUGCAUGCCCGACUGUUGAGAUAUUUGUUACUCGUAGUAAGGAUGGUGUUUUAAAGAUCUGGGAUUAUGAGAAUUAUCUGAUAAAAGAGUUGGUGUUUAAUCAUCACAUGUCUGGACUGUGUUUCUGUAACAACAGAGGAGACCUGCUUAUUGGAUUUCAUAUUUAUAUUUUGAUGGUGAGCAUAGUGGAUUACUUACCUGUUGAACAACUGGAGAAGAUGAUGGAUCUCACUGUUCAGGAUGAUCUUCCAGAAACUCAAAUUUAUGAGGAUUUUACUCUGGAUCCAAGGAGUGAUAUGUUUUCCUUGGUUCCCCAGCCGAUCGAGUUUGAGAAUCAGCAGAAGACGGUUCGCGAGGUGUACGUGGAGUGGAUUGAGGCACGGGAACGGGCACGGAUCAAACUGAUGUGUGGCAGCAACUUCAAGGCCUACAGGAAACAGCUCACCAUCGAGAAGACCAUGAAGGAAGAAAAUGCUUCGGUCAUGUGUGUGGGAGCUGAACUUAAAGAUAAAAAUGAUCAGACAUGUGAAAUUGCAAAUAAAGAAAACGUUACCACCAACUACUGCACAGACACUUCACAACACCUGCACCAGCAUCUGAGGCGAAUAUCGAUCGUGUGCCCAUCCACUGUCAACACGAUUCAAGUGGACCCACCCGAGAACAACCCACCGCAGGUGGAUCGCAACAGAGUUAGAUUCAAGGACCACAAGUCCUCAGGACACCUCACGGACCCCGUGAAAUCCAAGAUUGACAGGAGGCCAUCUGAUCUUCUGACCAUCCAAGAAGUCGUUGACAAGAAUAAGGUGAGCUCGGUGCAAUGGACUGACAUGGACACCGAUGGGUCUCCAGGACUUAGUGCGGAUGAUGCCAAGAAGAAGCAGCAACAGCAGAAGAAGAAGAAGAGAAGGGUUAGUGAUUGUAGAGUGAACGAUAUUGAGGAUUUCAGAAAGAGGAGGGAUUCCUUGAUGGGGGAGAUCUACGACCUGAAGAGAAGAAAGGCGUCGAUAACUGAAGAUGUCUUUGAGCAUCAGAAUCACCUGGAUUGGAUGGACGGCGCCAUUGAUGAGCUUGAGAGGAAGAAGACUUACAUGUUUGAAGUCGAUUUGUUCAAAGGCAGAAUCAAUGAUUUCAAGAGGAGGAAGUCUGGCAUAGAAACUAACAUCGAUUAUCUGAAUAGGCAGAUCAGUUUUAUAGACAGUGAUAUUGAACUCCUUGAACAGAGCAGGCAUUCUGUAGCGGAUGAUAUCACGAUCCUUAAGAAAAACAGGGCCGUAUGGGGUGAUAUCAAGCAUCUGAAGGCACAGAAGGUUGCUAUAAAACAAGCCAUUGAAGUUGUUAAGAAGAAGAAUAAAUUAACUGGCGAAAUCAAAGAUCUGGAAAAGAGGAGCGAUUCUGUAGAAAAUGACGUCAAAUUACUCCGCAAGAAGCUGGAUUCCAUAGAAAAAGACAUUCAAAUCCUCAGGAACAACGAUUCUUUAAAAGAGGGGACCGAAGUCUGUAGAUUGAUGAACUUGAAGACUACUGUGGAGAAGGACAUUGAAGUUCUGAAGAAGAAACAAGACAUGUUGACUACGGAUAUGGAAGUCCUGCAGGAUGAGAUGAUGGCUCUCAACAAGAGCAGCUUCAUGACAGAUAAUGUGGACUUUCUCCACAAGAAGAUGGAUUCUGUAGAUAAUGUUCUUGGUGUUCUCAAGAGGAAGGAUUCUUUGGACGACCUGUCCAAGAGACGGAAGUCUGCUUCGAAGUUUGAAAUUCUAGAGGUGAAUAAGAAACUGGCUGCUAUAGAAGCGGGUGAUGACGAGAAGGAGACUGAUGGUGUGGAGACAUCACAGCAGGCUGCGAUGAAACCCAACGAAGUCGGAAGACUGGAUUAUAAGCUGUCGCCAUGGGAACGGUCACUUCUGGACAAAGAUCCCAUCAUUGCACCUGAUGGGUAUAUUCCAAAUUCGGUGGUGCGGAAGAAGAAAAAAUGGAAAGGGCCGUUCACACAACCUCUGGUGAUAACCCCGGGCAAGGGAAGUGAAACAGCGACGACAAGGGGAAAAAGUAUGGAUACUGUAUGGUUCUUGGAUUUGGAACCUGAAGAAUCAGACCAUUCAUCACAAGUUGAUAUUCCUGAGACAGAACGCCGACCGUCACAGCUGCUAGUUGCUCCUGAGGAAUCACCAUCGACUGUACAGGUGGAAGUGGAAGUGGAGGAAGAACCAUCGGAUGAAGCAGAAUCAGAGGCAGAUCGGAAACAUCGAUGGGUCGAUGAUUCACUGUUGGAGAAAACUGAAGGUACAGCAAACCAAAUAAUGUCCCUGAUGCGACGACUCUGUGCAGAGAAGUUUUUCCCAACAGACCAAGACAUGUCACUGUUUGUUUCUGUGAAAACAUUAGUAGACCUGCUGGAGACCAAUGACGCUAAUAUGUAUCAGAAAGUUUGUCAGUAUGUCAGAGACAUUGACAAUGUCAGCAACGUCGUGCAAUCAUUAAAGACGAAACUCCUGAAUACUAUGAAGGAGAAACUGAAAUCCUCCAAUGCUGAUAUUAAGAUCAACUCUCUGCGGAUGAUUGCAAUGCUGUCUGGUCCCAAUGAAGAAGAGACGGACGACCUCAUCAGAAGUCUUCUGCCCUGUCUCGUUGAUCCAGAUCCAAAUGUGCGUAUCGAAGCCAUCAAAACUCUUCUAAAACUGUCUGGUCUGAAAACAAAAGAUGAACUAAUGGAUUUACUACAAGAACUUGGUGUUUUCGAUGACAUGUCACUGGAAAAUUAUGAGGCACAUGCAAUGGGAAUCCUGGAAAAGAGGUUACUCAUGAAACAAAUAGAAGAGCGGCGUUUAAGGGAAGAAGAGAGAAUUAGGAAGCAGAAGGCGUUACUCUUGAAAAGGUUGAAGAGAGAAGAAUCAUUGCGUCAGAAGAAAGAUUUCCUUGAAUGCUUUAAGAGAGAACAAAAGAUACUAUUGGAUAGACAGAGACAGUCACAAAUUGAUUUAGCAUGUGAAGAGUUACCACCUGAUGCACAACAGAGACUCCGCACAAGCCUGGAGAGCAUUAAAGAACUUACAGGUUCAUCAAAGUUUAAGCUAAAGAAAAGACGGAAAAAGUCAUCAAGGUUUCGUGUUAAGGAAAGGGAACUGUCUGCUAAGAAAACUGACAAACAUAGAGAGACUAGCGAACCUGAAAAGACCAGCACAAGCAGUAUCUCGAUGGGAAAGUUUAGCUCCAGCAGUAUGACGCUCGGAAAGUCUAGCAGUGGACCCACAGACUCCCUACUAUUGGUCACAAAAAAAAGCAGUCAAGACGAAAAGGCAUCUGAUUUAGAAGCAGCUGAAUUUUUGGCAUCAUAUUUGUUGGCAAAAUUGAUCAAAGGUUUGCCGGAAGAUUUAGCAAACGAUUUGGCGGCUUAUUUGACCACUGACUUACAACUGGACUUGCCUGAAAAAUUGUCAGCUCAAAUGGCAGUCCGUUUGGUACCUGGUUUGCCGAAAGACUUGGCUGAUCGUUUGGCAAGAUAUUUAGCAGAUAGUUUACCAAAACCGUUGGCAUCUGCCUUUGCAACUCAUUUGGCAAAUAAACUAACAUUUGGUUUGCCCGCAGAGUUAGCGAGUGAUUGGGCAACUCACUUGGCAGCGAAUGUAUCACUUGACUUGCCUGAACCAUUAUCCAUUCAAAUAGCAGUCCAGUUGAAAGCUGGUAUGCAGAAAGACUUGGCUGAACAUUUGGCAAGCUACUUGCGCAAAGGUCUGUCAGUACAGUUAACAUCUGAUUUGGCAGCUUUCUCGGCAUCGAGUUUGGCCACACUGUUGACAGUGUACCUGACAUCUGGUUUACCCCAAGAUUUGGCCAGUGACUUGGCAACUUAUUUGGCAGCGAACUUAUCAUUUGACUUGCCUGAAUCGUUAGCAGCACGAAUAGCAGUCAGUUUGGUAGCUGGAUUGCCGUUAAACCUAUCAUAUCGUUUGGCGAGCUUCUUAUCGUACCGUCUACCAAUAAAGCUGGCGUCCGCUUUGGCAACGCAUUUGGUAGCUAAAUUAACGUCUGGCAUGUCCCACGAUUUGGCAGCCUAUUUGGCAUGUCACUUAACAUCCAGCAUGGUGUCAGGUUUGCCUGAAGAUCUUGCAGUGCACUUGGCGUGUGGCAUGGCAGGGGGAGCAGCAGCGCAGUUUGUGGCUCAUUUGUUGGAAGGGUUACCGAAAGACGUGGCAGAGCUUAUUGCAGCUUACUUGAAUAGAGUAUCACCUGGGCAUUUAGGAAAGAAAUUUGAAAGACCUACCAAAAAAGGCAUCGUACCAAUAAGGGUAAAACAAGCUCAAGACAGCUGGAAAGACCUCUUCAAGAUGCCCUCGGCUCUUGAACACCAGCGGCUGUAUGAGCUGGAGCGGGGCAAGACGGGUGAAGAGAGCGCAGACAAGUUGGCAUCAUUGCUGACCUGCCUAGACAAGGAUCCUCUGUAUCCCACUGAGUCCGGCAUCCGCCUCGUACACAAGAUCACCGUAUCAGACAAGGGUUCACACGAGAAGUGCAGAGUGGAAUCUGUCCCAGGAAUGCCCAACGUUGAGUCAGGCACCACACAGUUUGGGAUAAUUAAAAUGGAGUGGAAUGCUGAGGUUCCUGGAGAUGUCACGAAAAGCAACCUAGCUCUGUUACCUGCAUCGCAAAGCCUUCACGAUUCGGACAUACAUCUUGGUAAAAAGGGUGAAAAGACUUCAAAGGGAUCUGUGGAAGACAUAGCUUUGGAAUCUGACAGCAGAUUUGAUUUACAGCGAAGCAGCAUCAAAUUGUCGCAUGUUGCCAUGUCAUUACCAAAUGCAACCAAGUCAUUACCAAAUCAAACCAAGUCAUUGCAGCAUACCGCCAGUUCAUUGCAGCAUACCGCCAGUUCAUUAUCAGAAGUCGCCAGUUUAUUACCACAGGACACCAGGUCAUUACCACAGGUCGCCAGUUCAUUAUCACAGGUCACCAGUUCAUUACCGCAGGUCGCCAGUUCAUUACCGCAGGUCACCAGUUCAUUACCACAGGUCGCCAGUUCAUUACUCCAGGUCACCGGUUCAUUACCGCAGGUUACCGGUUCAUUAUCACAGGUCACUGGUUCAUUACCGCAGGUCACCAGUUCAUUAUCACAGGUUGCCAGUUUAUUAUCGGAGGUUGCCAUUUCAUCACCACAGGUCGCCAGUUCAUUACCACAGGUCACCAGUUCAUUACCACAGGUCACCAGUUCAUCAUUGCACAUGGCCAGUUCAUCACAAGAUCAGGUACCACCUGAACAGAGUGUAGAUCGUGAAUAUGAUGCACCAGGAAUUAAACAAGACGGGGAUACAUUGGAGAAAGAUCAGAAGUUACCUCUCCUAUCUGUUAAGAGAAUGCGGGAAUAUCAUCUACCAGGAAUUAAACAUGUUGACCACACAUGGAAAAAACAUCACAACAUACCAUCUGUACAGACUAUGGUUGAAUAUAGUCUACCGAUACUCAAAAAAGGUGGCCGUGCAUUACGAAAUGAUAAGAAGAUUCCGUCAAUGGAUGAACAUCAUACACCGAGAAUUAAACAAGACACAUUACACAAAUAUGAGAAAAGUCCGUCAAUGGAUGAACAUCAUACACCGAGAAUUAAACAAGACACAUUACAAAAAUAUGAGAAAAGACUAGCUAUACAGACCAUGGCUGAAUAUCAGUUACCAGAAAUUAAAGCAGACAGGGAUACAGUACUAAAAGAUCAGAAGAUACCAUCUGUACUGAGUGUGGAUGACUAUCAUCUUCCGAGAAUUAAACAAGACGGUCAGAUAUUUCAGUGGAAGCUACCGCACCCUCAUGUGCCCAAGUCUGUUUCCCUGUCUGACAGUGUGGUGCCCUAUGUCCGGACCGAGUACCAUCACCUCUGUGACCACAUGCGAUUGUCCAAGAAGAAAAUGCAUCACUAUAUUUCGGGAGACGGUAAACAAUCUACAUUCCAGGAAAUCGUGGAAGUUGAAAAGUUUUACAGUUACAGUCAUUACUUAACACCAGAUGAUGACGAUGAUGAGGAUGAGGAAGACCAAGAAAUGCGUAAAGCUUUGGAAUUACAACAAGCUGUAGCGUUUGAGACUUUUGUACAAGUACUCUUCAGUAGAUCAUAGUAAAAGACAGUGGAUGAUCCAGAAAAUCCAUUAUGGGGGUUCCCAAUGACAUGAGGCAGAAUGCAUGCCAAGGGAACUUUGGGGGAGGUUUGGAGGUGGAUGAAAAUUAAUAUAUAAUAAAAUUAUAACUGGCAAAAUCCUAGUACCGCCUCUAAAAAGAAAUUGUUCUUACCAUUCGGGCAUUAAAUCCACUAACUCUAGUUAUUAGGUAAAUUAAAUUACACUGAACAGUAAAAGAAAGGCAAAUAUUACUUUUAGUUUUUGUGUGUAUUAGAAUUAUCAAUGUCUGUUUUCGUGUGUAUUAGAAUUAUCAAUGUCUGUUUUCGUGUGUAUUAGAAUUAUCAAUGUCUGUUUUCAUGUGUAUUAGAAUUAUCAAUGUCCAUUUCUGUGUGUAUUAGAAUUAUCAGUGUCCAUUUCUGUGUGUAUUAGAAUUAUCAAUGUCCAUUUCUGUGUGUAUUAGAAUUAUCAGUGUCCGUUUUUUUGUGUAUUAGAAUGAUCAAUAUCCGUUUCUGUGUGUAUUAGAAUUAUCAAUGUCUGGUUUUGUGUGUAUUAGAAUUAUCAAUGUCUGUUUUUGUGUGUAUUAGAAUUAUCAAUGUCUGUUUUUGUGCGUAUUAGAAUUAUCAGUCAGUUUUUGUGUGUAUUAGAAUUAUCAAUGUCAGUUGUUGUGUGUAUUAGAAUUGUCAAUGUUUUGUGAAAUGUUUAGGCCCAUUUUGACAGUCUAUUUAUCAAAUGAAUUAUCAUUAAUAUACAUACAUAUAUAUUUCUUGGUAUAACAGCUUUUUCAAAUAAUCAAUUUGAGCAAAUCUAGUAAUUUUAAGGUUUAUCUGCUGUUUGUAAUGGCUGUCAAUGCAUAUUAUGGGAACAUUUUUUUUUGUAUCACAUCACAAUUCAUUACGUAAGUUUCCAAAGAUCGUGACACAACUUUAAACUAUUACACAGUAGUUGCUAAUUAAUUUCCAGUUGACUAAUAUAGCUAAUCAAGUUUUGAAAAACAUAAUGUUCCCUGCAUAUCACAUGAUAUAGAAACGAUAUGUACCCCGGGAAAUUAGCGUCUUUAAGUUGUCAUUAGGAAAACUGACAAAUCCAAAUUGUAGUUGAAUAUUAUUAUUUUAUUAAAAAAAGAAAAAUCACCAAAAACCAGAAUGAUAAAGUAUGUCCCAAUG